UCUUUCAAUCUUUUGUGGCCUAAACAAUUGAAGAUGGCUGGUGCUACAAUGAAGGUUGAGAUUGUUUCAAGAGAAACAGUCAAACCAUCCUCUCCUACCCCUUCUAAUCUUAAAACUUUCAAAUUUUCUCUUCUUGAUCAAAUCUACCCUUCGUUUUACAUGCCUUUGAUUCUCUUCUACCCAGCGAAAACCGACACUAAUCCACAUCUGAGAUGUCAUAUCCUUAAAACUUCUUUAUCCAAAACCCUAACAAUGUACUACCCUUUCGCAGGAAGAAUCAAAGAUCAUCUCUCUAUCGAAUGUAAUGACGAGGGGGUUAUGUUUAUCGAAACACGAGUCAAUUGUCUUUUAUCUAGUGUUCUACGAAACCCUAAUCCCGAUCAAUUACAAAAAUUUCAACCUCUUGAAGUUGAAUCACCAGCAAAGGUAGAAACAAGUAAUUUACUUUUUGUUCAAGUUAACGUCUUUCAGUGCGGUGGUAUGGCAAUCGGAGCUCGUCUUGUGCACAAGAUUGCGGAUGCAACCACUUUUACCACAUUCAUCAAGACGUGGGCUUCCGUAGCUCUUGAAUCCGAUGAGGUAGUUCAUCCAGAACUAUUUGUCGGGGCGACCACCUUUCCUCCUGUCGACUUUGAGUUACCUUCAAAUGAAGAUAUACUUAUCCAGGAUGAAUCAUGCAUAUGCAAAAGAUUGCUUUUCACUGCUUCAAAUAUUGAUGCACUCAAGGCUAAAAUUUGUAGCGCAAGCAUUCAACAACCUACGCGCGUAGAAGCCAUAACGGCAUUAAUAUGGAAAUGUGCAAUAACCGCAUCAAGAUCAAUCCGAGGGACGUUAUCUAGAUCAUCUCUGUGUCUUCACGGCGUAAACAUGAGAAAGAGAUUAUCGACGCCCUUGUCAGAAUACUCGGUAGGAAACAUUCUAACAGGAAUCACAGCUGAAUUUUCGGAAACAAAAAUAGAAUUGCAAAGCUUGGUUCUCAAGCUAAGAAAGGAAUUGAAAGAAUUGAAAGUGAACAGAGAAAAAAUAUUAGACAACGUACACAAAAUGAUGGAAGCAGCAAGCAUAGAAAAACAUAGUGGUGAUGCAGAUGUCUAUGGCUUUAGUAGUUGGUGUCGGAUGCCGGUGUACGAUGUCGAUUUCGGGUGGGGGAAGCCAACAUGGAUCUCUCUAUUCAACAUGAAAUUCCCAAAUGUUGUUGUGUUGAUGGAUACAAAAGAGGGUGAUGGAAUUGAGGCUUGGGUGACAUUGUGUGGAGAAGAGAUGGCCUUGUUUGAAUGUAAUGAAGAGUUGCUUUCAUUUGCUGCUGUGAAUCCUAAUGUCAUUGAAAUGACAUGAUCCUUCUUCUUGUAGUCUUGAUUUCUCAAUCUAGGUUUCCAUCUUAUGUGACGCACAGAUUGGAUGGCUGGUGUGUUUCUUUUCAAGUUGUUUUAAGAUUUUGGCUUUGGUAUAGUUUAAGGUUGUAAACCUUGAGGGUAUUUCACUUUUGAUUUUAUAAAAAUUAAGAGAUGAUA